AUGCCAUAUUGCGACACCUUUAUUGGAGACACUACAAAAAAAGUUUUGCAUGGCGGUAUCCUAGCAACUCUAAUAGACACAGCAGGAGCAGCUGCUGCAUUUUCUGUGUUAGAUACAGCAGAGGAAGGUGGCGUUAAUACAAUCGAUAUGCGCAUUGACUUUCUAAAACCUGCACGCGGAAAACAUUUUAUAGGAACAGGACAGGUCAUCCGUAAAGGUAGCCGUAUUGUUGUUACAGAUAUCAAAGUGACAAACGAUACAGAAACUCUAGUUGCUCAAGAAACCUUUGAUGCCGUUCGCCAAGGCACCGCUGAAAUGGGACAUGGGGCAGCUUACUAUUGGGCAGGAAAAAUAAAGGCAGCCCAAUUUUUCACCUCCGUACCUUUUGGUCUCAAUGCUCAACAAAUGUAUGCCUGGCUCUAUUCAGGCAAUGGUUUACAACUCUGGGAAGAACUAUAUGCCCCCUUUGGACUAAUUCCGAUACCAGCUGGGAAUAGCGGCGUACAAAUGGGAGGAUGGUUCAACAAAGAAAUCAAUACCCUAACAGAUUUUAAAGGCUUAAAAAUACGAAUACCUGGCUUAGGUGGCAAAGUUCUUUCCGAAGCAGGAGCUUCACCCGAACUCCUACCAGGAGGAGAAAUUUAUACCAGUCUAGAACGCGGCAUUAUUGAUGCCACUGAAUGGCUUGGCCCAUACCACGAUUACCUAAUGGGCUUCCAUAAAAUAGCAAAACAUUAUUACUAUCCUGGUUGGCACGAACCUGGAAGCGUUUUAGAAUUAAUUAUCAAUAAACGUGCUUUCGACUCUUUAGAUCAAGAUUUACAAGCAAUUAUCCAAACUGUAGCUCAAUCCUUAAAUACAUGGAUGCUUGCCCGGUUUGACACACAAAAUAGUCUCUAUCUAAAAAAGCUAAGCCAAGAAAAACAAAUUAAAAUUACGCCCUUCCCAAAAAUCGUCAUGACGGCCUUAAAACAAAUUGCACAAGACACUAUUGCAAGUGUUGUUAAAAAUGAUCCACAGAGUCAAAAAAUUUAUACAUCAUUCACACAAUUUCAACGCGAUAUUACUCCUUGGAGUAACGUAUCUGAACGCGCCUUUUACAACGCCAUUCAAACAGAUACUUAG